AUGGCCGUCUUGGGUAUUCCCAAUCCCGACACUGGAGCGACCGACGACUUUGAGGUCAUGGAAAAGGUAGAAGUAUCUGUGGAGAUACCACUAUUGGGCCAACCACAGGUCACACCAGCAUCGUUUGACCAGGGCUGCAUGGCAUGGCGAAGAGGAAGUGCCUGCGAUUCUGGUAUGUGGCUCUUGAGUGGCCCAAGGCAGGAGUCCGUAGGAUGCAGUGAGAAAGCAAAGCUUUUGCCAGACAGGGUUGAAAUAGGCGCGAUCAAGGUGUCAAACCUACUCGAACGCGUCGAGGUUUCUGGGGACCACAUUUGGGCCAUAGACCAGGAAACCUUGUGUGUAUUUGAGAAGCAGGCUGACGAUUUCAUUGCCCACCGCGUGCAUGGCGUGGAUUUGGGCGUGUUUGAAGCCGUCGACGUGGACGUUGGCGUUAUCGAGGAGAUGUACAGCAUCCCCGAAAGCUUCCUCGAGAUUGAAGUCCGUGAUCCAGAGACUCACGGAUAUGGGCGCAAGAUGUACACCGACUACGAGAUUCUUUGCAAGGCGAGUAUUCCUAUUUGCUGGAGUGCUCCCCCAGUUCCAAGGGCUGAUACCAAUAUUCCCGCAUUCAAACUUCGUCACUCCCGAGUACGACGCCGCUACUCCGACUUUGAAGCCUUUCGCGACAUUCUAGAGCGUGAAUCAACCCGUGUCAAUAUUCCCCCCCUUCCCGGAAAGGUCUUCACCAACCGCUUUUCGGAUGAAGUCAUCGAAGCGCGUCGUGAAGGGCUCGAGCGUUUCCUUGGAAUCGUCGCUGGCCAUCCUCUGUUGCAGACGGGUAGCAAGGUCUUGUGCGCAUUCCUUCAAGACCCAUCUUGGGACAAGACUCGCAGCAAAGGUGCCCUUGACGCCUCUCUGAAGCGGCACACAGCACUCAUCAGACGCGCAAAGCUCUCCAUCGGUAUGGAGAACAGGGAUCAGAUCCUGAAGGAUAUCGAGACGUUGACUCUGGAGAAAUAUGUUGAAGAAAUAGCCGCCAGCUUGGUCGAAGGCCUUGCAAGAUGCAAGACUGACAAGGAUAUAUGGUCUGCAACUGAGAUCAUAUCCGCCGUUCACCGACGACUAGGAUCCACAUUUACACCCAAAUUUGUCAAUAUGCUUCAUCAAUCACUGGCUCCACCACCAAAGAAUGUCGUUCCUCCCGCUUCCACGGUCAACUCCGAGCUGCAAGAAAAGGAGGUAGCUGCGCGCAUCUCUCGUCAGCGACCUGUCUUACGCGUAUGCUCGGAGCUUGCUCUGGUUGGAAUAAUUGGGCCGAAUACCUCCGAGACCAAGUCUGGGGGAGAAUGGAUCAUGAAAGCGAUGAAAGACCUCCUAUCUCAUGACAUGUCACUUUCGUCUAUACCAUUGCUCAUCACAUUCCUGAAGGGAUACGGACGCCCAUACCUAGGUCCUACUCCAGGUUCUCAGGAUACCGUUCCAGAAGGAGAAGAGUUAGUCGAAAAAGAAAUCAGAGAACGAUUUCGUCGAAUGUGUGACGGGUAUUACGAGACUGUGUCAAAGAUACUCGUCAAGGAACAUCAUGCAAGUAUAGAAUCCAGAAUGCGUCUGCAAGACCAAGAUCGUCGCAAUCACGAGGCAUACAUCCGUUCAGGGGAAAUCUUUGAAGAUAGACAGCAAGCGUACGAGAAGAUGACGAAAAACUACGAAAAGCUACUGCAAAACUGUCAGACCCUAUCCGAACUCUUAAACCAGCCUAUGCCACACUUGCCUGCCGCAGCCUCCAAAGCAGACACAAUUGGACUUUCCACGGGGGAACGGAUACGCAGCGACGAAGUCGAGAUGGGAAGGUCAAGCCAAUUUGAAGACGAGGAAGAUAGAAAGUUUUACGAGGAUCUCAUGGACCUAAAGGACUGGGUGCCCCGCUCGUUUCUUAACGUACCAGAGGAAGAUGCCGCAUCCUCCGCUGCCACUGACGCCGAGGGCGAAAAUGCGGAUAUUGGGCGUUUGACCGAUCUCGGUGGUGAAGCGGAUGAGGACUCGGUAUACGAGGCGCCUACGAGUCGCUCUCCCUCCCCCGUGACAGAGGUUGAUGCAUCUGUUGCUCCGGGUCCGUCACAGGCUCUCACUGUUAUCCUUGGGAAGCUUCCGGAUGCGACGAGUCGGGACAGUAUCGAUCAAGCUGCCACCGAGUUCAUGUUCGUGAAUUCAAAAGCCGCGAGAAAGCGCUUGGUCAAGCAAAGGACGGAUCUCAUCCCAUACUAUGGACGUCUGGUCGCAACUGUCAGUAAAUACGCGCCCGAUCUGUCCAAAGAGUUGCUCGAGGCUCUAGAAGAUGAGUUCCGGUAUCUACAACGUAAGAAAAAGGUUGUGAAGGAGCUCGCUUCGAUGCGCACCAAGAAUAUUACAUGGUUCUCUGUCCUCACAAAGUUUCACUUGGUUCCUCCUCACGUUAUUCUCCACAUUUUCCGCGUAUUCCUGGAUGAUCUUAGUGGAACUAACGUGGAUAGCUUGGCGACUUUGCUUGAGGGUUGCGGCAGGUUUCUCCUGCGUGGAUCAGACACCGGAAAGAAGACUGCAGAGAUGCUCGACUUGAUGAAGAGGAAGCAAAGUCUGCAAAAGUUUGAUCAACGACAGAUUCUCCUCCUCGAGAAUGCCUACUAUCAGUGUAAUCCCCCUGAAAGAGGACCCAUUGAGCACAAGCAGCGCUCCACAAUCGAGCUCUUCAUACGGCACUUACUUUGCGACGUAUUGACUCGCAAGUCGCUGGAUAACGUCCUCAAGCUCCUUCGUAAGCUGAAUUGGGAUGAUACCGAGACCGAGAGGGUACUCUUCAAGAUGUUUACCAAACCAUGGAAAGUCUCUUUUUCGACGAUAACGCUGAUGGCAAUCCUUGCGUAUGACCUCCAACGCUAUCACUCCAAGUUCUGUGUCGAUGUAGUGGAUCAAGUGAUGGAGAAUAUUCGUCUAGGAAUGGAGCAAAACAUCUACAAGAACAACCAGAAGCGGGUCGCCACCGUAAAAUAUCUCGGUGAAUUGUACAUCUAUCGCCUCGUCAAUUCCCGUGUUAUCUUUGAUACGCUCUGGAGCUUGGUCACCUUUGGACACAAUGAGGGUCGACCGCUACCUGGCCAAGUCUCUGCGAUUGAUAGUCCCGACGACUAUUUCCGUAUCAGGCUUGUUUGCACGCUCCUUGAUGCAUGCGGGAUGUGUUUUGACAGGGGUUCCUACAAGCGGAAGCUAGAUCGCUUUCUCACGUUCUUCCAACUAUAUAUUCUAACAAAGGAAGACCUGCCGAUGGAUGUAGAGUUUAUGAUCAGCGAUACGCUUGACCAAAUUCGACCCAAAAUGACUAGAUUCAAAACCUUUGAAGAGGCGGCCUCUGCCGUGGACGAGAUGUUCGAGGCCACAAAGGCUGAAGGAGAAGAUAGUGGCGACGAAAGCGGCGAUGAUGACGAGGCAAGAUCAGAGGUGGACGAAAAAGAGGAAAACACCCAAAAUGAUGAGGCAGCCGAGGAGAGACCCACAUCUCCAGAUCAUCUCGUUCUCCUUGAUGCAAAGAAACAUUUAGGACCAACCGAAGAAGAGGAGGCAGAUUUCGACAAAGAAUUCUCCAAAAUGCUCUCAGACGCCGCGGCCGACGCAAAGAAGGUUGACCGGAAAGCUGCACUGUCCGCAUGGGAUACUGGCGUAACGACGACUGGAGGAGUCGCGAGACGUAAGCGAGAUGCUGAUCGCGAGGAAAGCGAGCCAGCAACCGACACUGCGGGAAUGAUGCGCUUCACGGUACUCAGCAAGAGAGCGAAUAAGAACCCGAAUCGCGAGUUGCAGAUCCCGACGUCGUCCGCGUUGGCUGCACACACCCUUUCUGCUCAGAUUCAAAGCAAGCAGGAGCAGGAACAGCUCAAGCGACUCGUGCUCAACUACGAACAGAGGGAAGAACUUGCUGAAAUGAAAGGUGAGUAA